AUGAGACUGGCCAAGGUACAGAGCCGGGUACUGCAAGCCAAGUACAUGUGGUUUCCAGAUGGGGGCAAUUUUGACCCCUUCUCGUUCCCGCCGCAAUGGGUGUGGCCCGCGUGCCUGCCAGCUGCGGUGUUGUCGCCGCCUGCCUCCUGCCUCUCUUUCGCUUUUGGGGAGGCACGAGUCUUUCGACCUCCCCCGUCCCCCAUCGUCGCCCGUCCCGUCCGUCCAUCCUCACCCUGGGUGCGCUCUGGUGCGGCAUCAUCCUCCCACCACCGCCACCACAACCACAUCCACCUCUUUUCUCCCACCCCCCGUCAAUCAAAUCAAGUACUUGUAAUUCAUCAAUCCGUCAAUCCAUCAAUCACCCGUCACCCAAAUCGACAGAACAUCACCACCCCCCGGCAUACCUCCCUCCACCUUUCGGUAUCUCUUACCCUCGACAUCUACUACGGUUCCUGCGCUACGCUCCGCGCUACUUUACAAGAUACACGGACCGGACUCAUCCCACCACCACACGCUACGCCUACGAUUACCACCACCAUCCCUCCCUACCUCGCUUCUCCAGAUCCGCCCUCCACUCGGUCGUCCCCCGAAACCACAUCUCCUGCCGCCUCGCUCCCUUGUUCGUUCGUUGGCUUCGAAAUCCGCUCCAUCGUCCUGCCUGUCCUUCGCCACCUUUGGCCCAAACCGUACUACAUGAACCUCUCUUGCGCCGCCCGAAGCCACUUUCACCCCUUCACUACAACAUUCCCUAACUUGACCGCUGAGACAGCCGCGCCGGUCUCGCUGCUCCCUCUCUUGCUGCUUCUCUGCCGACCCCCUCCCCGCGAAGUCUCGAGCCGCCGUCCGAAUAUACUUUGCGAAAUGGAUUUGAGCCAGAGCAUGAGCCAGAGCCAAAAUCACAUGCUGCACGGGCCUGCGCCUGAAGACCGCCAGCUGCCGCCAUCCUCCUCAUCCCUCACCCACACGCACCACUUCCGCCCACCUGCUUCUGCUUCUGCUUCUGCGUCUACCUCUACGUCGGCUUCUGCUUCCAUCUCCACCACCUCUCAACCCAACAAGCACGUCCUCUCUCACGCUCGCUUUGAUCCGACACAUCUCCCGUCCCAGCUGCCUUCAUAUGCUCCCCCGAGCUAUGCGCAUGCCCAAUCCCACGAUUCCAACCUGCUGAGGUUUCCCGACGCCCCGACUACCGAGCUUGCACCCAUCCUUCCUGCCGCCAAACACAAUGAUAACGUCGGUCACAACCUGCCAUCUCUCUCGUCCGUGACAGGUCCCCCGCCCCCGCGGUUCACUUCCAUCGUCGCCCAAUCUCAAUCUAUCGAAGCGCAGCAGCAGCAGCAGCAUCAACAUCAGCAUCACCAGCCGCAAUCACAACCCCAACCAACUACAUCCUCCCUGAAGCGGUCCUCGACGACAACAGUACCCCUCACCCACUGGCCGAGCCUCAACCCCCUCACAACGUAUUAUACACCUAGUCAUGCCCAGUCCGCCGACUCGCCUGCGCGAAUGGAUCUCGACGUAGUCAGCAAUAGCGCCAUGAGCGCAGCAUCCCCAGACCGGUUUUACGAAGGACGCGCUGCCAGUGUCAGUCUGGACGACCCCGACGUGCGCAUGGCAGCUGAAGCGCUUGGGGAUCUGCGAGCCGACUUCAUUAACUCCCCUCCCGCCCGUCACACACCUCUACCGAGAGCCUCGCCCGCCGUGUCAAUCACCUCGAAUCCACAACUCAAGUCUGAAGAACCCUUAUUCUCACUUCUGACAACAUCCCACCCGUUACUCGCGACCACUAUCGAAGGUGCCACAUCGGCUUACAAUAACUCCAAAAACUUUUCCCCGAGAUUCAAAUCUAGCGCCGAAUAUGUAGAGGGUUACUUGACGCCCAUUGCCAACACUGUCGGCACGGUUGGACGGAAGACAGGUGUUGAAGGUGGCGUACGCUGGUUUCUCGGCGCCGGUCGACGGCAUCAGUCCAAUGACAUUGAAGCUGCCGACGGAGGGUCUCAUAAGCGGCGCAAGGUUGACACGGGAGAAGACUUGGCUAGGCUCAUGAUUGAUGCACAGAGCAACAUGAUGCCCGACGUCGACUCUCCCCGUGAUCCAUAUGUGUUCAAGCACGACCGUCGACUUUCGCGAGCUAGCACAAUCGAUACCCUGCCGGCGUAUGACGACUACCGGUCCCCGGCCUACAGUGAGAACGAAAAGGCCGAGCGACCCACAUCAUCAAAUGCUGCUUGGCAGUCUCGCUUAAUCAUGUCUACCUCGGGUCUCAGUGUUGCUAUGAGCGACGAGAGUCUCAGGAGCUUGAAGUAUUGUCUACGAUGGCUGCGGUGGGCGAACGAGCAUAUUGGUGGGGUUAUCAACAAUCUCAAGACGACUCUUGAACAAUUCGAGAAGCCGGGUCAGCCCCAACAGGAAGAGCAGACUGCAGUCACUAACGAUGGCGACCAUGUCAUGGCUGACAGCCAUCCCGAGCCAAUGUCUGAGCAGGAGCGCACAAUCCUGGCGGCCAAGAUUGCUUCACUCAAAGGUGACGUUCUGAAGACACUACAGAAUGUAAUCGUCACCGUUUCCAAAUACGCUGGCGGGGCCCUCCCCGAAAACGCUCGUCUGUUGGUUCGCCGUCACCUGACUACUCUGCCACAGCGAUUCCGUUAUGCCAGCAUGGUUGAACACCAACAGGGAGAGAAGGUUAGUGACCAGGAGGCGAUGCGCGAAGGCGCCCAUCGUGUACUCGUUCUAGCUAAAGAGGGUCUCGACAUGAUGUCGCAAGUCAGUGGAGUCCUUGAUGGCACCAUUGUCAGUGCCGAGGAAUGGUGUGAAAGACUUGGGAGGAAGAAGCGGGAUCAACGCGAGGCUGUCCUACCGCAAUCUCAACCUCAAGAGGGUGAUGUCAAGGUUGCCCUUGUUUGA